AUGGUGUUCGGCGGUGAGGCGCCCGCUUCUUCUCCCGCCCCUGAAGCUCCGGCUUCUACUCCCACGCCGGCACCGGCCUCGACGCCGGCACCUGCCGCGACGCCCGCCACGCCCGAACCGGCUGCCGGCGCCAACCCGCUGCUGGCCACGCCCGAACGCGCGUCUCGUCGCGAGAAGAUGAGCCGCAUGCGUCUGCGCACAGCCGAGCGUCUGAAAGAGUCGCAGAACACUGCGGCCAGCCUCACGACCUUCCAGGAGGUCGACAUGUCCAAGCUUAUGGGUCUGCGCAAGCAGUACAAGGACGCGUUCGAGGCCAAGCACGGCGUCAAGCUGGGCUUCAUGUCUGCUUUCGUUAAGGCCAGUGCUUCGGCGCUGCUUGAAGUGCCCGGCGUUAACGCAAUGAUCGACGACGAGCACCAGGAGAUCGUGUACCGUGACUAUGUGGACAUGAGCGUGGCCGUGUCAACCCCUAAGGGUCUAGUGACCCCGGUGCUGAAGAACACGGAGUCUAUGAGCUUCGCUGACGUGGAGAAGGGACUGGCCGAGCUCGCUGCCCGCGCGCGUGACGGUAAGUUAACGCUCGAGGAGAUGACGGGCGGUAAUUUUACCAUCUCGAACGGCGGCGUCUUCGGCUCGCUCAUGGGCACGCCUAUCAUUAACCUGCCGCAGUCCGGUAUCCUCGGCAUGCACGGCACGAAGAUGCGCCCCGUCGUGGUGGACGGAGAGGUGGUCGCGCGUCCCAUGAUGUACCUGGCGCUCACGUACGACCACCGCCUCAUCGACGGCCGUGAGGGCGUCACGUGCCUCAAGGCCAUCGCCGACAAGAUCGAGAACCCGGAGCGUCUGCUGCUCGACAUUUAAGGCGCCUUAUACUCGAGGGUGGGAGAAGUGCAAGGAAUAUAUACAGAAGGAAUAAAAUAUGUUUCUUGCAGG